AUAAAAUAUUAUUUAUAAUUUUUAAAAAGCCUUAAAUAUGAAAUAUGAAAGAAAAUAAAUCCUAUUGCAAAUAAUAUUAAGAUUCCAUAAUUUAUUUUGCAGUCUUAAUUAUGAAUUUUUAUUUUGUUAUAAUAACUUACAUUUUUCUAAAUUUGAAUUUCACAUGGGGAAAUGCAAUGAAAAACGAAGAAGUAGAAAACAAAGAAGUAGAGAACAAAGAAGUAGAGAAAUUGAAAAAUUGUCUUUAUACUAAAUCCGUGAUUAAUAAAAUUUAUAAAAAUGGUAAUUUUACAAACACUUUUUAUUGGUUGGUUAAACAAUGUCAAAUAGAGUUCUCCAGCAUUAAUGUGUUGGAUAAAACGAAAACAAAUUUUAGAGAAUCAAUGCAAAAACUAGAAUGCGGUUCACAAGUCCAUGAUACUCAUAAUCUUUGCUUACAGAAUGUCGCAUAUUGUUGUAACACUUUCGUAGACGACCUUAGUCGAUCGCCUUUAUAUUAUGGCAAAGAAUUUGGACAUUUUAUAUCAUCAACUGUGAUUAAUAACGUAAAAAAAAUAAUACCAUUUAAAAAUUAAAGCCGAAAAAAGCGAUUUGUCAUAAAGUUAAAUCAAAACUAUUACGUAUGUAAUACAUAUUUUUAGCAAAAUGUAUUAACAUAUUUUAAUUUAUAAAAUUGUAAAAUAAAUAAAAUGUUCGAAAACAACGGCUUUUGAAAAACUAUAAUCUAAAAUUUAUCAUUUUUAAAGAAUUUAAAUGUAAAGAAUUAUUAUAAAAUGAUUUUACAAAGUUAAUUACAUUGAUCAUAUAGUAUCACGAGUAAUAAAAAUGUAUUUCAAGAAAUUAUCAAUUUUCUAACAGAAAAUUAAAAAAAAACCCAAUAAAUAUUUAUAAAUGCAAUUGUAUAAAUUUAAUUUUUAAAUAAAUGAAAGUUCAGUAAAACAA